AUGAGCUGCUGUCGGCCGCAAUUUAUUCCGCGACUCACUACGCGACUGACAUCGCGACUGACAUUACAACAAUCAAACCUACAACAGAACACCAGCAACAAAUCAUUUCCACCGUUCCUCGUGACCUCCAACGUUACAAGAUCAAUCUCUUUGUCUGUUCUUCACCAAUAUCCGAUGGACAAGAACACUCCCUCACCUAGCCCGGCACCUGUGCGGAAAGCUCCGCCUGGCCCGACCGCCGGUGCAAAGCGCAAGAGAAACGCGACCACAAAAUACUACGCUGUCAAGAAAGGAUCCAAGCCGGGUAUCUAUGACUGUUGGCCCGACUGUCUCAAGCAAAUAACUGGGUUCAAGGGAGCUAUAUUUCAAUCAUUCCUGAGCUUUGAGGAAGCCAAAGCAUUCUUGGACGGCGUGACUCCAUCUACUAGUUCCUCUGCGCUGGAUUCUGCAAACACGAGAUUCUACGGUAUCCAACGAGGCCGGGUCCCCGGUGUUUACACAGACUGGUCAAAGGCGCAGGAGCAGAUCCAAGGUUUUACACGACCAGUGUAUCGAAAAUUUUCAACACGAGGAGAGGCGGAAGAGUUUGUCAAGAUCGGACGAGCAGCUGUCGGUUUCGGCAUCUCAGAUCACCCAGUAAAGAAACCUACAGGACCUGGUGGCAUCACAAGCGAGAACCCCAAAGAUGCAGAUGGGGUUGAGUUUGCGCCAGGAGAUGGACCUCUUCCACCAGGUGCAGAGGAUGGAUUUGACCCCAAUGUGCUGCUAGACCCGUCGACGGGGAAUGUAGUCUAUAAAUCACCCUCUCAGAAGGCAGCUACAAAGACACAGUCAACAGGAAUUCCAGGCAUGCUACGCAUAUACACGGAUGGGAGCUCAUUACGGAAUGGAACCCCUAUGGCAUCAGCUGGUGUUGGUGUAUAUUUUGGGCCGAAAGAUGCGAGGAAUGUUUCGGAGCCCUUAAGAGGAAAUCGUCAAACCAACCAGCGAGCAGAGCUAACAGCUAUACUUCGGGCCAUUGACAUUACACCACGCCAUCGAGAUGUAACCAUAUUUACCGACAGUCGAUAUUCAAUUGACUGCGUGACGAAUUGGUUUGUUAACUGGCGUCGAAACGAUUGGAAGACAAAAGAGGGAAAACCGGUUGAGAAUCGUGAUUUAGUCGAAUCAAUCCUGGUGAAGAUCGAGGAGCGCAAUGAAUUGAAAGUGAAGACUCUGUUCCAAUGGAUCAAGGGUCAUAGCAGCGAUCCAGGAAAUGAAGCUGCUGAUCGAUUGGCUGUCAGUGGUGCCCACCAGGGUGUGGCAGAGAAAGCCGAGGCUAUAAGAGCAAGCCAGGACAUGUCUAACGACUUAUUUGAUGUUGAUUUUUAG